UCGUGUUAUGCCAACGCGAUGAUGCUCUUCGUUCAGAUUGUCGCCGUCGCGCUGUCUGCCACACUCGCCGUGUCCGCAGUGCCCGCAGCUUACCCUGAAGAAUAUGUCAGAAGUAUGGAAGCCAAUGACGUCAGCGAUCAAGUGAUAGUGCCACAGAAACGCGCAGCGUUGGUCUUGGACCGGCUGCUGGUGGCGCUACAGAAAGCACUACACGAUGGCGGAGCGCGCUAUGACGUAGACCGCGACGGCCCUCGCACUGCGCCGCUACGUAUCUCAAACAUGGACACUAAUGACUUGUCGGCGCUACAGCGGCGUGGGCAGGGCUCCGGUCGCGGCCGGGUGCUGCGGUGCUACUUCAACGCGGUCACCUGUUUCUAACGCCCCACGCUUACGCCGUUAUUUGAUACUGAAAUUUUGUAUUUUCCUAUUAUUCCAUUUUAAAUAUUAAUAGGUAACAAUUUCAUU